CUGUCGGAGAAACAGUUGAAAAGUAUCACUCUUACGGAGAUUCCUCUUGUGAGUUUCGCACCCUGAACUCAAACUUUAAUCCUCUUCUGCCGCCCCGAACGGUCAAGCCCAAACCAUGGAAGCCCCGCGAGCCGCUGCCGUCUUCCUUGCCAUCGCCGUGUUGACGUCUGCCGUGCAAGAUGCCAGAGCUGGCAGCUACUCGCAGAAGUUCGUUGUUGACGGAGGCGUGAAGAGCAGUUUGUUCCAUGAGUGCAUUACCCUCGCCAAUACGGUGGAGGGAGAAAUUUUCUCCAUACCAUUUAACCGCGGCGUCGAAUACCAGAGAUUUGCCCCCAAGAAGUUGCUGGCUGUGGACUGGAUGCGCUUGAACGGCGCAUCGGACAUCCUGGCUUGCGCGGAUGCGGCCUAUGCAAAGAGCGCUCUCAUGUUCAAGUUUGACGGCGCCUGCUACGCCAGCGGCAAGACUGCGUACGACGUAAAUAACGACGAGCAGGACAGCGGUGACGCACCUGCUGAAGUUGUUUACGUCAGGACGCCUCUCGUGGGGGGGCUCUUGUACAACAACACAUUCGUCCCCGACGGCCAACCCAUCACCGCUGACGGCUGCUUACUCAGUAACUCAUCGGGCAUCGUAAUGAACGACAACUUCAAAACCCCGUACAAUGCGAGCCUGAUGCCUGCUAAACUGACGUGCUGCAAAGGAAAGAUCGCUGGCCACUGCGUCGACUUCUACGAACGCUCCUACAAAUUUGCCUACUGUGAGGCCGUGUUGGGGUGCCAGGCCCUAGGCCUAGAGCUGGCCUCGUACGAACUCUACAACUACACUGAGAUCCAGCAGUUCAUCAAAACUUUAUUGGCACCGCCAGCUUCCUUAUGGAGUUGGAUUAACGUGAAGCGAGGAGACGACGGAGUGUUCCGUUUUGUGCCGGGGGGACAAGAGAACAAGUUUCCUUUCAAACCUUACACGACCAUGGCAUACAACUGCACCGAGUAUCAGUCCAACUACGCCUACCUUUUCACAUCGGACUGCGGGGCAAAAUACGAAAGUAGGGCCAUCUGCAUCGGUCCUAACAGUGCCCUGCCAAAAUGUCUAAUUUUAGAAUGAAGAAAGAACAGCUCACUCCUAGAAAUAGGCGGGACUUUGUCCAAAUAACAAUGUACUUUUUUUGUCCCCUUGUUGGUCCUUCUGACCCACAAAAAUCGCGGCAA